AUGGAUCCCACUGAAAAUGGUUCAACUCAACUUACACCUACUCGAAUGGCUGGAGAGAAUGAUGCAGCUGGACACAAUAAUCAGGAUGGUGAUUAUAGCUCAAAGAAGAGAUCGAGCUCUAAGCAUAGUGACAAUGAGGAUGAAAAAGAAUCUUCUAGAAGCAGGGACAAGGAAAGAGAGAGAGGGCGUGAUAAAGAUAGAGAAAGAGAAAGAGAUAGAGAAAAGGAUAGGGGUCGAGAGAAGGAUCAUGAUCGCCACCACAGGGAUAGAAGCGAGAGGAGGAGAACCAGAGAUAGAGAUGAUGAUGCUGAUAAUGAAGAUCAUUACAAUGGUCAGGACUCUGAUAGGCACAGAGACCGUGAUAGAGAGGAGAGACGUAGCCAUCGAUCUAAAUCCUUCGACAGAGAUAGAGAGGAAAGUCACAGAGUCAGGUCCAAAUCCUAUGACAGAGAUAGAGAGGAAAGGCACAAACAUAGAUCCCGGUCUAGGGGUAGAUCUGAUCAUAGAUCAAGGUCAAGGUCCCGAUCUCGAUCAAGAUCAAAGAGCAAAAGGAUCAGUGGCUUCGACAUGGCUCCUCCUGCUUCUGCAAUGUUACCUGGUGCUCCCAGUGUUACAGGUCAGCAGAUGCUAGGGACUCCUACUCCUAUUUCUGGAAUAUUUCCAAAUAUCUUUCCUUUGGCUCCUGGACAGUUGGGAGCUCUUUCUGUUAUGCCAGUUCAGGCGAUGACUCAACAGGCUACUAGACAUGCACGGCGAGUUUAUGUUGGUGGACUCCCUCCAAGUGCUAAUGAACAGUCAGUGGCCACUUUCUUUAACCACGUAAUGUCUGCAAUUGGUGGAAACACUGCUGGUCCAGGUGACGCUGUUGUCAAUGUUUACAUAAAUCACGAGAAGAAAUUUGCCUUUGUUGAGAUGAGAUCAGUUGAGGAGGCCAGCAAUGCAAUGGCCUUAGACGGCAUUAUACUUGAGGGAACACCAGUUAAGGUCAGAAGACCAACUGAUUAUAAUCCAUCUCUUGCUGCUGCUCUUGGUCCAAGCCAACCAUGUCCAAACCUGAAUCUUGCAGCUGUUGGGUUAAGUCCAGGAUCUACUGGUGGUCUUGAGGGUCCUGACCGUAUAUUUGUGGGUGGUCUCCCCUAUUAUUUCACUGAGGCACAGAUCCGGGAGCUGCUAGAGUCUUUUGGGACACUUCGGGGUUUUAAUCUUGUGAAGGAUAGGGAAACUGGAAAUUCAAAAGGCUAUGCCUUUUGUGUAUACCAAGAUGUUUCAGUUACUGAUAUUGCUUGUGCAGCUCUUAAUGGGAUUAAGAUGGGUGAUAAAACUUUAACUGUUAGGCGUGCCAGCCAGGGUUCAUUGCAGCCUAAACCAGAGCAAGAAAGCAUUUUAAUGCAUGCACAUCAGCAAAUAGCAUUGCAGAGGUUCAUGUUACAACCUGGUGGACUGCCCACAAAGGUGUUAUGCCUAACCAAUGUAGUUAGUGCGGAAGAGCUCAGAAAUGAUGAAGAGUAUGAGGAUAUUGUGGAGGAUAUGAGAACUGAAUGUGGGAAGUUUGGUACUUUAGUUAAUGUGGUAAUCCCUCGCCCAAAUCCUAAUGGUGAGCCUAUGCCUGGAGUGGGAAAGGUGUUUUUGGAGUACGCUGAUAUUGAGAGUUCUACGAAAGCUCAAGCAGGAUUACAUGGAAGAAAAUUUGGUGGAAAUCCAGUGGUUGCAGCCUUCUAUCCUGAGAAUAAAUUCUCUCAGGGGGACUACGAGGGCUAGUCUCUUUUCUUCCACCUCCCAUCCCGGAUUAGAUUGUUGUGUACUAAACUGCGAACUAAAUAACUAAUCUGACUACAUCUCAGUCCGCCUUUGGUAGAAAGCCUCUUCCUUGAACAAAUAGAUUUUCUAAUUUGAACAUAAGUGCCCUUCGACUAUUUGUAUUUGGCAUUUUUGACUGAUCGUCAUUUGUAUAUACUCUUUGCUCUAUCCCCUCAAAAUUAUAGACUUAAAUGAAUUUUUAGAAUAUUCAAAAUAA